UCCUACACCAGUCCGAUAUGGCAUGCAUCUUCCGGCGAAACAGGCUCGCAGCUACAUCACCCCUCAACUCCCUCUUCAGCCCCUCCACGACCCUUACGAAUCGAAUGAAGACUACGGCGACGCGAUCGAUUUACCGAAAUCUCCAUCAUCGAGCGUUCCCCACAACCGCAAGAUACACCAUCUCGAGCAUCGCAUCCACCCUCCAAUCAGACUUCACUUCGAACAAUAACUUCCGGGCGCGACCCCGCCACCGCCAGUCUCUCAGCAAGUUCUCUACCAUUCCACAUCUCCAAAUGUCCGACGCAGACUACGCCGCAUUCCUGGACAAGGCGAACCAGGACCCCAACGAGGGCUAUGCCAAGCCGACGGGCAACAAGAGCAACGAGUUCAAGGCGCAGGACCAGGGUGUCGAGGUGCCCAAGGCCAUCCAGGAUGUGCUGAAGCAGGACAAGGUGUACGUGUCUGAUGCGGACGAGCCGUUCGUCGGCGUCGCGCUGGCGUGGGAUGAGGCUGGCAAGGGCCUGCCGGACGAGGUCGAAUUCGCACAGCUGAUCGAGCAUCCCGACGCCGAAAACGCCGGCGUGGAGCUCCUCGACCCCGUGGACUGGGACUCCAACGGCGACUACAAGGACAUCUUCGAGGCGGUACGCAAGGCGGGCAAAGGAAACGACGUCAGGGUCUACAAGGUGCCCAAGGGCGGAGUCCGGACGGAGUACUGGCUCGUCACGACGGACGGCAAGGGCAAGCAGGCGAAGCUUGUGGGCGUCAAGGCCCUGUCUAUCGAGAGCUGAUACCCCCAAGAAGAUUGGAGAAACGCCAGGGAAUGGAUGUAAGAAAUCAGGUCAACAGGUUCAGCUUUUAGUCCGCUCACACUUUGAAGGUCAACUCAGAAGGCCACCCCUUGGUUACAUUUCUCUUGGACUUUGACACGGAUCAUGUGAUGGCCGCGGUGAUACGACUCGGAAUUGCUGUCCUCGUUACACAAACCUACAUUGCUCCAGCGUGAGUUUGGACCUUGCCUGCUUGUUCAGGCCCACCGACGGUCUAGACCAGAUUGGUGCAACAACGGGCAGGUAGUGG